AUGCCAACUCCAAUGCCAGUUCCUUCUGAAUCUCCUACAACUGAUACCAUUGUCUCUGGUAGGGAAGAGCUGCUUGCUGCCUUGGCGUCAACACUGUAUGGCCCAACCAGUCCCUAUGGUCCCAUUGAGACAUGGGAUAUCUCCCGUGUGGAUAACUUGUAUCGGGUAUUUUCAACACAAGAGGGGACUACUAGCUUCGAUGCUGCCAACUUUGAUGAGGAUAUAUCUGGAUGGGAUACAUCAAGUGUUACAAGUUUUGUGGAGACUUUUAGUGGAGCUCAAACAAUCAACCAAAACCUCGCUGGAUGGGAUGUCAGCAAUGCUGAUCCGGGGGGGUUUGUUGGCACUUUUGCUGGGGCCAAUUCUUUCAAUGGUGAUGUCUCAACAUGGGAUAUCAGUGGAGCUACUUCUUUGGAAAGAAUGUUUCAGGGUGCAGCAUUUUUCGACCGAGAUCUUUCCAACUGGGAUGUGCGACCCAAUUCAACCAGCCUCUUUCUGGAUGGAACUCCAAAGUAUCAAAUGCAGAAAGCAUGUGUUAUAUGUUUGAAGCGGCCACCCAAUUCAACCAAGACAUUACUGGGUGGGAUGUUCAAAAAGUAA